AUUUCCCUUGCCUAUUCUUUUUACCUGUCCACACUUGGAACUUGCUAACCGCUCAUGUUACUUGAAAGCAAAGCGUAGCCAUGACUUGCUCAGGAUCAUGGCCCAAAUUCCACCACCUGAUUCUAGGAAUAUAUCGGAUGAUCCAUUGAGUUUAGAGGAAAUUUUAACAGUGUUUAACAACCCCAUUAAUGAGGAGCAAGCUUGGGCCGUUUGCCAUCAGUGUGCAAAUUAUUUUUUAUUGGAAACAGCCCGGCGCACUUUUCGUGAUUUAUACACACAUGGAAUAAGAUCAGUUAGAAUUAAAAAGGAUGGGGACGUCGUCAUUGAAGCCUCGGAGCUGGUCCAGGCCAAGGGACACCAAGUACGAAGACGAAACUCGGUGACAGGAAAAGACAUUAAGGUUGUGACAGAGAGUGAUGCUAUUCAGGCCUUGGGAGUAGUCAUUUACCAUGCUCUGGACUAUGGACUCCAAGAGUCUGAGGAGCGACACCUUAGUCGUAACCUUGAACAUUUGCUGGAGGUCAUGAUAAAUCCUGAUGAGGAAGACGAUGAGGAGCUACAGAAUGCGUGUGACGAGGGCAUCGAGAAAGAUGCCAAAGAAGGAUACAGCUUUUCGGAUAUUAUCGUGCUCUGUGCCCAGCACCUGUCCAAUGAACAGAGUGUGGGCCAACACUACAAGGCAGUUUGCAAGGCCCUGGUGGCAGAGGCUGAAGAACUCCUCACAUUCCUCAACAGAAUCUCCUCAGGCAAGAGACAGCUGAAAAAGGUGGUACAAGAUGAAGACCAGACAAAACUUGAUGAACUACAGAGAUCUGAUUGGGCUCGACUAUGGGUACAGAUUAUGAAGGAACUCCGGCGGGGUGUUCGGUUAAAAGCCGUGGAACAUACCACCGUGACACCGACAGAGUAUGAGUUAACUCCCUUUGAAAUCAUUCUGGAGGACAUUCGAUCUAGACGAUACACCCUCAACAAAGUCAUGGUGAAUGGAGACAUACCCACCAAGGUGAAAAAGGAUGCCCACGCUGUGAUACUAGACUUCAUCCGCUCCCGCCCCCCUCUGCAUCCUGUCAAGAAGAGAGUGCUGAAUUCCCCACCCAAGAUUGAACUACAGCCCCGUGAACAAAUUCUACAGGAGAUCAGGUCACAGCCCAAACUGAGGCCAGUCAGGGAGAGGAAGAUAGUGGAAACAUCACGAACAAAGUUGAACAACGAAGAUGAAGAGGAGAGUCCUCAGCCAAUCAGAAAAGUCAUCAAGCCAGACUUCACACUCUUCCUGGACAGUUUUGAUGAAUCAGAGAAUGACAACUCUUCCAGCAUGGGGUCCUCACAUUCUAGCAUCACCUCACCCUCACCAGAGAAGGAUAACAUCAGAUGGCGAAGGGCCGUUGUGCGGGAUGUGGCUACUUCUGAACGCCAUGGGACAAACCUGGAGCGUCGUCACACCAUCAUGGUCUGUGAGUCCCCCCAGGUAUUCCCUCCCGCCCCCAGUGGCACCGUCCCGCUGCAAUUAGAUGCUACGGAUAAUAAAUCGCAUGAGUCUCGUGGCAAGCUGAGGCGAUCAGCCCCUGUUUCUAAGUCACGUGCAUGUGUGAAUGAUGCUCGACAGAAAAGACUGUCUCUUCCCUUGCAUGGUAUUCAUGAAGAAGAAUGUGUUGAUGGUAAAUCCUUGCAUGAUCCUGCAUGUGGUUUUAAUUCUGUUUCUGAGGAAAGUGAAAUUUUUGAGGAGUAUGUGUUUGAUAGAUCUAAAGGUUUACGCAUGCCUAUAACGCGAUCACAUUAUCAGAGUCUGAGUAGAUCAGCCACGAUUACAGAAGUAGUGAGCAGUUCAAAGACAGUUUCAAACUCAAAAAGUUCAUCGGAUGUGAAAGAGAAACCUCGCCCCAUGGCGAGGUCUAGGAGCAGUUCAGACAUGAAACCCUCAGUACUUGUGAGAGCACGUACUAUUCCAAGAUCUCAGAGUUCUGAUGAAGGGCAUGUAACAGACAGCAAAGAACAAAGACCUGAUACUACGGAGAUAGGGGGCGCUUCCUCCAGGCCGAGGCCAAAACCAGCCCCACGAACAUCCAUCUCAAGGAAUAGUCCGGUGUUAACACGGCAGCAAGUAGAAUCUGAAACCAAAGAAGUAAGGAGCAAUUCUUCUGUGUCUCAUGUGAUUUCUGACAGUGAUAGGAGUAAACAUGUCUCCAAAAGACACUCAAGUGCAAGUGAAAUAAAAGUCAGAAGGACAUCUUCAGAGUCUCUGUCAUUAGUGGAGGGAGAGAAUUCAGGUCAUAGAGUUCGAAGGUCAUCUCAACAUAGUGAUAAAUCUCCAAGACAACAAGUGUCAGACGGGCCAGGAGAAGAGGAGACUGUAAGCAAACAACAGCGUGAAUCUUCUCCAUCGAGCAGACGACACAGAGAUUCUUCUUCUCCGAGCAGACGACACAGAGAUUCUUCUUCUCCGAGCAGACGACACAGGGAUUCUUCUUCUCCGAGCAGACGACACAGAGAUUCUUCUUCUCCAAGCAGACAACACAGGGAAUCUCAUCACAGCGAGGGCUCAUCUCGACGACACAGAAGAGAAGGACGGGAUGAGAGUGGUCAUAGUGAGGUUGUUAAACAUGACGAACGGUCGCAUCACAUUCACCGGCACAGACUGAGUUCUCAUGAGGAAGAAAAAUCAGAGAAAGAAAGUGAGAAAUUCCUCAGGCAAUCAAAAGACAGAGUUCCACUCAAACGUUCCACACGUAUGAGUGAAGAGGAAAGUGAUAGAUUUGUAACACUCAACAGGAAAUCCAGCUUUGAUGAUAAACAUUGUAGUGACUCAGAGUCUCCAAAGCUUGAACUAAAAUCAAGCUCGUCUCCAAAGCUUGAACUAAAAUCAAGCUCGUCUCCAAAGCCUGAAGUGAAAUCAAGCUCGUCUCCAAAGCUUCAACUAAAAUCAAGCUCGUCUCCAAAGCCUGAAGUGAAAUCAAGACAGUCUCUUCAGUUAAGUAAGAGUGGUGGGGAUGACAGUCCUGUUCAGAAGUUUGUGGCAUCACCUAAAAGUGGGGAUGGUGACAUUUCUGUUCAGAAAUCUAUGGCAUCACCAGUGUUGUCUUCUGCUGAGCCAGUUCAGAGACGUUACAGGCCGCAAGCUGUCAGCAGGUCCCAGAGUCACAAAAACUUUUAUCGUCACUCCACCGAUUUCAGUGGCAGCUGUGCAAUAGUUCCCGAGGUCAGCACGUCUUCUUCACCAGCUGGUCAUGGGAUAAUGCUAGGGAGAUAUCGCAAAGAAGCAGAGGAAUUACUGAAGCCCGUCCACCAGGAAGAGGACAUGAACUCGCGGAUUCCAGAAAGAACAGAAGAUAGCGAGAGUCCGGAACGCUUGCCGUCAAAGUUGUCGGAGUUAAAUGUGUCUGAGUUGCUUCAUGUAAGUGGCAGCCCUGAGUUCGGGGCUGUGUCUACUAAUGGUGUUCCUUCCUCAUCUUCUCCAGAUUCUGACUCGGCUUUAAAAAAUCAUCUACAUGUUGUCAAAUACUUGCAAUUCAUAUUGAAGUGGACUCAUCCCAUUGAGUGUCUGUCCUUGACCUUAGAGGAGGUCACUCACAUCAGACAGGUGUUAACAAAAGCGGAGUUGGAGACGUUAAUUACCAACCAUGAAAUAUACAACCUUGUGUCCAAAGGAAAGGUGUGCUUCACGUGCAAGUUGGUAAAGUUCUCCAUGUUUGGUCAGUGGGGAACGCGAUGCAAGAUCUGCAAGCGGAACGUGUGCAACAACUGUCUCAGAAAGAUGAACAUUCCCACAGAACACUUCCAGAAAAUUCCGGUACACACUCUUAGUCCGAUUCCACUCAGUCAGGAGACCCUGGACAUUAUUAAAGUGUAUGAAAGUACUGGAUCUGUCCCCCACACUCCUUCCUCAGAACGGAAAACCCAGCAAACUCUAGAGGAUGUGUCCCCAAGGCGGAAAUCCCUCCAACGAUCAAACACAAUAGGGGCGGGAUCAGCCCCCACCCUACCCAACAAGAACCUGCUGAAGGGUCCCCAGAUGAGUGUUUGUUGUGACUGUAAAUCCAUGAUCAUGGAAAUUAUUCGCACCAGUCGAACUUCCAUUGCUCUCAUUAAUAAGGGGCAGGGAGCCAUGCCUAGCCCCAGUAAGGAGGAGGAAAAGGGAGAAGGGCUAAAUUUGUCGACACUGUCUCUCAACAUCAAACAGUUCUUCAACAAGUGAAAGAAAAACUAGGGGUUUUAAGGGCAGUGUGAACUGUCUUCUAGGUCUGUGCAAUCCAUUAUAAAGUUUGUACUAUGUACAUAUUUUUAUUUUUCAAAAUUUUGAUUGUCAUGAUGGACAAAAAUUCAAUUUAUAUCAAAACCAAAUACAGAUUGUCUUCCUGGGUGUUUUCCUUAAUUUGACAUCAGUUGUAAAUGUUAAUUACACCAUGAGCAUUUGAAAACUUUUGUUUACAUUAAUAUUUUUUAAGUUUUGAAAUUGAUUUUGUUUACUUUAGUUCCGAAAAUAUCUCCUGUAUCAUAAUGAUUCUUGAGACAGAUUGUAAUAAAAAAAAAGAAGGUGAUUCUGUUCAGUUAGAAUGAAGUAUGAUAUUAUGUGUACUCUCGAUGAUAUUAUAAUUGGAGUCUGAACUAAUAAUAGAUUAUCGUGAUUAACAUUUUCAGUUUCUGAUGCUUUAGUCAUGUUGACAUGUGCCAUUGGUGUGGUAUUUCUUGUCUAUUUUUAGCUCUGAUCUACCUCUGUCCCCUUUCUUGUUUAUCAUUGGACAAAUUUUGUCCAUCAUGUAUACAUUACAGAAAAAUAACAUGAUGCUGCUGUUCAAAGCACGGCAUCAACUAAUGAAGAAAUAAUUGAAUAACUCAUCAUGUGGUAAUUAGGAGUAACUGUGAUGUAAUGAGUCGAAUCGCAGUUGUUAAACUGAAACUAAAAAAUCCAACCUUUUGACAGUAGUAAUCACUUGUUGUCUCGCAGAUUUCACUGAAUUUGUUCAUAUAGAGAUGUGAAUGUAUUUAUUUUUAACUGGAAGGAAUGUCUGGAGUGUAGAGAAUUUUUAUAGAAAUGUAAAUAUUGUUUUUUAACAAGACUAUGUGCCAAGGACGUGAAUUGGAGCUACUGAUGAGCUCUGGUGUUUUGAUUUAUAGUCAGAGUUGUCUGCAUUUAAACUCUUCAUUGUUCUGCUGGUUAAGAUUGGUUUUUGUUAGUCUCAAUAUUCUGCUGUAAGCCUGUACACAACCUGAGUAAAUACAUAGCAAUAAUAGCAGUCUGAAAUGAAAUAGUCGUCACAAUGAAAUGGUGUUGAAACGUUUUACAGUCCCGUAACUUAUUUGAUCAUCUUGGCCUGAAAUAGUUUUGUUUUUACUGAUUUCAAUAUCAAAACUUGCAAUAAAUACACCAUUUGUACAAUGCUUUCUUCGUCAGUUUAGACUUUGUCUCAUUUAUAUAACACCCAAUGUUUAUGAAGGAAAGCUUUAAGAUUUGAUUCCAUCCACAUUCUCAAGUUUAGCUUUAUAGUAUAUUCGAAUUCACCUGUACACGUAUAUUAGCUUUAAUCCUGCAGGCCUGUUAACUUCUCACUGGAGGGAUGUUUGAAUUAAAGGGGAAAAAAUCUUAACAUAGUGGAUAUCAUUGACACUCACUGUUACACAUUUCCUAUUCUUCCAUUGGCUUUAGCAAUAGAGGGGUCACACGGGAUUAUGAGAUUCCACGUGAUCGAGGGGUCACAUGGGAUCAAAGGUCAGCUCUUAAUCAUGUUCUGAAUACUGUGUAAUGAAUUUAGCAAAAAUUGAACAAAUGUAUGCAUCUUGUUUUAAAUCUUUGUAUAUUAAACUGUUUUAAAACUUUGA